AUGGCUGCCCAGUCGAAGCAGGAUCUCAUCUCCCCUUGGGGACGCGCUGCUGCCGGUGCGACCGGUGCGGUCCUCGCAAAUGCCCUGGUUUACCCCCUCGACAUUGUAAAGACGAGACUUCAAGUGCAAGUAAACCCCGGCAAGGAGAAGAAGACUGAGAAUGGCGAGGCGAGCAAGGACGACGAGCCCCAUUACAAGGGCAGCUGGGAUGCCAUCACCCGUAUCGUAGCCGACGAUGGUGUUUCCGGCCUCUACGCCGGCAUUGCUGGCGCCCUCAUCGGCGUCGCCUCCACCAACUUCGCCUACUUCUACUGGUACUCCAUCGUGAGGACGCUCUACCUCAAGUCGGGCCGCGCUUCCGUGCCGCCCUCGACCCUCGCCGAGCUUAGCCUCGGUGCCGUCGCCGGAGCUAUUGCUCAGAUCUUCACUAUUCCUGUCGCCGUCGUCACUACCCGCCAGCAGACCCAGCGCAAGGAUGAGAGGAAGGGUAUGUUCGAGACCGCGAAAGAGGUUGUUGACGGACCCGACGGCAUCACCGGACUCUGGAGGGGCCUGAAGGCUAGCUUGGUGCUCGUCGUCAACCCCGCCAUCACCUACGGUGCCUACGAGAGGCUAAAGGUCAUCCUGUUCCCUGGCCGCACUUCUCUCAAGCCCUGGGAGAUUUUCUGCCUCGGCGCCAUGUCCAAGGCCCUCGCCACGAUCGCUACCCAGCCUCUUAUCGUUGCCAAGGUCGGCCUCCAGUCGAAGCCCCCGAAGUCGCGCAACGGCAAGCCCUUCAAGAGCUUCGGUGAGGUUAUGAAGUUCAUCGUUGACAACGAGGGCCCUCUCGGCCUGUUCAAGGGUAUCGGCCCUCAGAUUUUCAAGGGUCUGAUUGUACAGGGUAUUCUCAUGAUGACAAAGGAGAGGAUGGAACUUCUGUUUAUUCUCUUGUUCCGGUACAUCAAGUCUCUCCGCACUAGGCGGUUAGACGCCGCCGAGGGUGUUGUCUUGAAGAAGUGCUACGUGUCUGCUACGACCGAGCGAGGCGCGCACCCUGUUGACUUGGAAGUUGGUUCGGUGGAUCUCACCGACCGCUGGCGCCAUGAGUAA